AUGAGGUUGCAAGAACUUCAAGAUGCUAUAAACAAACUUCCAUUGAGACAUCCAAUUGACGUCAAAUUGUAUUGGAGAGCAUCUGAGUUAGGUCAGAAGGUUUUAUAUGAAACAGGUUGCUUCGACGAUGUUUAUGAGAUAACAGGAGAAGUUUCUCAGAAGAUAAGAGACUCACUUGAAUUUCCACAAACUGGACCAAUUGGUUGCGACAAGUUCGACUCAAACGAAAAGAUAUACUAUGUCGACCUUAACGCUGCAUACAUGAGGUUUGUCCAAUAUAUUCCGACUGGAAUUCCAAACGAAGAUGGUGAGUUCCUGGGAAGGAACUAUACAGUUGGAAAAGUCAUACAACAACUGUAUGAUAUUAGGAAAGCUUCAAACCCCAAACUUGCAAUGACACUCAAAUUGCUUAUGAAUUCGACAUGGGGAUAUUCUAUUAAAAAACCUCAAAAGAUGAAGAGUAAACACUAUGAGAAGGUCGACAACUUUGUUGAAAGGUUUUCUCCUUUUGUUUUGAAGUACGAGUUCACCGAAGGUCAAAAUGGCUUAGUAACCACAUUAAAACCUAUUGUCGAACAUUGGUCUUACCCUCAGUUCGCAAAGGCAGUCCUUGACAACUACAACAAAUUCUUCUCCGAAGUCAAAUCCAAAGUUGUGGUUUACUAUGAGAACAUUGACGCACUCAUGACGAACGAAGAAGGGUACAACAAACUCAUUGAAAUGGGAAUGGUCGGUGAAAAGAUGGGCUGUUUUAAGCUAGAUAAGGUAUUUUCCGAAGUUCAUGUCCUCUCCAAGCGUAAGUACUGGGGCAUACUUGAAGACGGCACAGAAAUAAAACAUUGCAUGAAAUAA